UUUCGCUUUUGCAGUACUAAAGAUGAAGAAAUCGUAGAAGUAAUGCGCUCUUUAAAAACAUUUCAAAAUGACGAAUAUGUGCUACAAAGAAAAAGAGAAAGAACAGCAGAGAACAUUUUGUUGUCCAGACUGGCGUGGCUGCCUAAAAACUUCACAGUGCCAAACUUCUAUCUUCAACCCAACAAGCAAUCUGUCGUUAUGCAGGAUAUAAAGAAAGAUAAUCGAACACUUGUGUUCGUUCAUCAUCCACGAACAGCUGGAAGUCACGUGAUCACGUGUCUGAACAAUUUAUCUUACGCCAAAAAUAUGGCGAUGUCCCCAUUAAUGAAUUCCAAAAACAGGUUGCUGUGGGACACAGGAAAUCCAAAUACAAUUUCAUUCCAAAACAGGAUAGACAUUCACAGAGGAACAUUUGCAUUUGGGCUUUGUGAAAAGUUGCAACGCAAAUGUCACUACUUUACCUUCUUUCGUGAUCCCUUUGAAAGUAUGGUGUCUUUUUAUAACUACUGUUUAAACAGUGGCACGCACGAAUUUUGUUCACUUGUUAAAUCUAAAACUUUUAUUCUUCGGGAUUGGAUUAUUGAAAAUGGGGGAUUACUUUUGAACCAGUUUUUAUAUUCGUCUCAUCUUUGCUUUAGUCGUCAUUCAAAUUCUUCUGCAGAAGUUUUAAAAUUACCCUGUUGGCACAGACAGAAGUUGGAAAAUGAUAAAUUAUCUGAUAAUGAAAAAGGCCUCAUUGCAAAUUAUAUAGCCCGUCAUCUUCGGCAAUGGUUCUCUGUAAUUGGAUUAUUUGAAAAAUUUGAGGAAUCUUUGUCAAUGUUUGAUCAUGCUCUUGGAGGACCUUUCAGACAAUGUUCAUCUAAUAGAAAAGUAAACUCCACAUUUGAAGAGGAAAUUCAACAAACAAAUAAAGCUCAUUUAUUAUCUGAAGAUCACAGACAAAGUGAUUACAACGAAGAAUACGAAGACGAGAUGGAUAUACUAAGAGAUGAUUUUUAUGUACAGAGAGCUCUUGCCCCCGCAUAUACAAUUUAUGCGGAAGCUAAACGGAUAUUCAACUUUCAGAGACAAAUAUUAUACAAUAAAUUAAACAAUGUUUAAAAUUA